AUGGCGGACAAGGAGACCCGACGCAAUGUGAUGCUGGAAAAGUCGCUCAAAACCCUCAAACACGAAGCGGAGACGUUGAACGCGGAGUGGAAACGCAAGGCGGAGGCGGUUAAGGUCGGCGACGCCAUGUUGAAGCAGAAAGAAGCGACGCUGCGGGAAGCCAAGACCCGCAUGGAAAAGUACCUCAAGCAAUACGACGUUCUGUUUCGAACGACCCAUCAGUUCACGGAAGCUAUGGAGACCCAAUGGCAAAAAAAUGUCGAGUUGCAGAAAGAAAACACCCAAACGGAAGCUGAGAUUCGGGCGAAGGAAGAGAUCGUGGCCAAGAUCGAGAAGGACUGCGCCAAGAUCGAGCAACUCGUGGGUCUCACCAAGGAAAAGAUCGGCCAAGUCGACCAAGCCAAAGACAAGAUCGAUGCCACGAAGGACGAGUUCAAGGUCGCGUUAAACGAACUGGUCAACGUCACGAUCGAAGUCGAGCGAAAGCAUGGCGAAGCGAUGAUGAAGACCCUCGACGAUUUGUUGCGUCAGCGUGAGCUGGUGAACAAGAUGCUCGUGCGCGCGGCCGACACCGCCCAGGGGACCCACGACUUGACCAAAAUCCAAGAAAACACGACAAAGAACCUGGAGAACGAAAUCAAUGGAUACCACCAAAGCGUCAAACAGCAGCGGUACAGAGUUGGUGCAGCGUGA